AUGCAACACCCAAUUCAAAAUCGCCUUGAUGUCAAUCCAUAUGAACAAAAUACUUCAAAACACCAAGAAAACCAAGUAUUUGAUCCGCUUCAAGAGCCUCUAUUCCAAAUCUCACCUCUACCCAAAACUCUCUUUGGUCUGAAAUUCAAACAACAAUACUUCAUUCCACUACACGUUUCCCACGUCCAUUCAUACACCACAGCUACACCACAACAUCAUCUCACAGAAACCGAAACAGAUCCAGGACCGAGUUCAUUCCCACCCAGCGUGCUGCCACCACACAUACCUCCUGUACCAGACGCCCGCGGGACUUCAUACUUUUUGAACCACAGUGAACGACUAUAUUCACAAGCAUCCUUCCACAACUACUCAUCCUUUCCCUGUGCUUCGUCGCGCUAG